AUGGCCGGCCCUGAAGGUGGGGCGGGGAGGACCACCGGCCAGGCCCCCUAUUUGGAAGGGCACGGUAGUAAUCGAUGGGGCACUCUAUUGCUGGCCUACAAGUCAUUAGGAGUCGUGUUUGGAGGGCUCGUGACUUCCCCUCUUUAUGUCUACCCUUCAAUGGCAUUAAUGUCUCCAACCGAAGACGACUACUUGGGAAUCUACAGUAUCAUGUUCUGGACUCUUACUUUGAUUGGAGUUGUCAAGUACGCAUGUAUAGCCUUAAAAGCUGAUGAUCAGGGUGAAGGUGGUACAUUUGCUCUAUACUCAUUACUUUGCAGGCACAUGAAUAUCGAAGGUAUUACUUCAAAAAGUGAGAUUGCACCAUCAAACCGGUCACAUAGUAAUACUUUGGAUCAAAGCUUCAGAAAGCGGAGUAGGCUUGGGAUGUUUAUUGAGAGGAGUUUGCUUGCUAGGAGGGUAUUAUUUUUUAUAGCAAUACUUGGCAUGUGUAUGUUGAUUGGGGACGGAAUUCUCACGCCUGCCAUCUCAGUGUUGUCAGCAAUGGAUGGGAUUAGGGGUCCUUUUCCAGAAUUCAGCAAAACUCUGGUGGAAGGGUUGUCUGCAUUAGUUCUUGUGGUUCUGUUUAUGCUUCAAAAAUUUGGUACCGCACGUGUGAGCUUUAUUUUCUCCCCAAUCAUGGGUUUAUGGACAUUGACUACUCCCCUUGUUGGUAUUUACAACAUUAUACAUCAUUACCCUUCCAUUUUCAAGGCAAUUUCACCACACUACAUCUUCCACUUCUUCUCCAGAAAUGGCCGUCACGGUUGGCUGCUGCUCAAUGGCAUGGUGCUUUGUAUAACAGGUUCUGAAGCAUUGUUUGCCGAUCUUGGUCAUUUCAACAGACCGUCUAUUCAGAUUGCCUUUUUAUCCUGUAUAUACCCAUCAUUGGUGCUUACAUAUGCGGGGCAGACAGCUUACUUGAUUCAGAACCCGAAUGAUCAUGAUGAUGGAUUUUACAAGUUCAUACCCACAAAGAUAUAUUGGCCAAUGUUUGUUAUUGCUUCGUUGGCAGCCAUUGUUGCUAGUCAGUCUUUGAUAUCGGCCACCUUUUCUGUCAUCAAACAAUCGGUUGUAUUGGAUUAUUUUCCCCGAAUCAAAAUCGUGCAUACAUCCUCCAGCAAUGAAGGACAGGUUUACUCCCCAGAAACAAACUACACCCUCAUGCUUCUUUGUGUUGCUGUCAUACUUAUUUUUGGUGAUGGAAAAGAAAUUGGCAACGCCUUUGGUGUUGUUGUCAUCCUGGUUAUGCUCAUCACCACCCUAUUACUAACAUUGGUUAUGAUUGUAAUUUGGAGAGUUCCUUUGAUUCUGGUUGCUCUCUUCUCUUCAAUCUUCUUAACAAUGGAAGGGUUUUAUGUGAGCUCCGUUUUCACCAAAAUCAAACAAGGUGGUUGGAUUCCAUUCGCCAUAUCAGUAAUCCUUGCUUUCAUUAUGUUCGGUUGGUUUUACGGGAGACAAAGAAAACUAGAAUAUGAGUUAACCCACAAGAUAGACAUGGACCGUCUUAAAAUUCUACUUUCUGAUCCGUGUGUCCAAAGGGUUCCAGGACUGUGCUUUUUUUACACCAACAUUCAAGAUGGGUUCACUCCUGUAUUAGGUCACUAUAUCAACAACAUGAGAUCCAUUCACAAGGUGACCGUGUUUACAACACUAAGGUAUUUGUUAGUUCCUAAAGUUUCUCCCACCGAGCGGUUUGUUGUAAAAAGAUUGGGACUCAAAGGCGUGUAUGGGUGCUUGAUUCAGUAUGGGUAUGCAGACUCGCUUGAUUUUCAAGGAGACUUUGUUUCUCAAAUUAUUUGUAGCUUGCAGACACAUAUAAUGCAUGGGGAGGACCAAGAAAGGAUCGAUCUUAGCGAGGCACAACAGGCUGCUGUUGUUCAUGUUCGUGGCAAGACAAGGUUUCAUAUAAACAAGAAUUGUACAUGGUUCGACAGGUUCAUGCUCACCUUUUAUGAAUUUAUGCAUAGUAAUUGUAGGUCUGGGAUUCCCACUUUAGGAGUGCCUCUUCCUCAGCGUAUAGAAGUUGGUAUGCUUUAUGAGGCCUGAAAUCUGAACCAAAACUACAAUUUGUUUGGAUGCAAGUUUUGGCUUCUUAAAUCAUUCAGGUUUUGUUGUUCAAGAGUUUUGAAGAUAUUUCGGGUGGCAACAGGGUCAUUUGUUGUGCAAUUUUUAUCUUACAAACUAUAAUUUAAAUGCGUUAAUUAUGUAUACAAAACUUAUGUUGUUUCUGUAGUAAUCUAAUUGACUAAUUAUAGUAAAAACCAGUUUUGCC